AUGGCUGGUGCCAAGCUCAAGACGAGCAAGCCUAAGCCGACGAAGAAGGGCUCAAAAAAGGCAGAGGGCAAAUUCAAGGCAGGCAAGAAGACGGCCCGGGAGGAUACUGCCAUGAUCGAGAAGAAGAGAGCAAAGUUGCUGGCACGCUCACAGGAGCUGAAGAAGGAGGCGCACAAGCUGCUCGCCGAAGCCAAAAAGGCGGCGGACAAGUAUGCAGAGUUGGGCGAGUCACUAAAGGUUGACAACGACGACGACGACGACACAUCGUCAGAGAGUGAAUCGGACAAAGAUAUCCUCACACCAUCUUCGGGGUCCACGAGCUCGUCUUCUGAUUCCAGCUCAGAAGAUGGCGGAAAGGCUCUCCCACCCAAGGCCAAGCUCAGUAAAAACAGCCAAAAGGAAAAGGUCAAGCCCGAGCGCAAGCGAAAGCGCAAAGACUCGUUGUCGUCGUCAUCAUCAUCGUCCGACGACGACACCAGCAGUAGCAGCAGCAGCAGCAGCAGUGACUCGGAGGACAGCGAGGCCGAUCAAAAGGCCGCCGAGAAAAAGUCAAAGCAGGCCAAAAAAGACAAAAUGGUGAAGAAGAUCAAGGACAAAAAGGAUAAGAAACAGGCGAAAAAGAAAAAUCAAAAGAAAGCGGCCAAAAAAUCGGACAGCGACGGUGACAGCGACAGUGACAGUGAUGAAGAGACUGAGGAUGACACGCCCGCCGCGGCAGCCGGCGGCGGCGGCAGCAAGCCCGAGAGCUGGCACGUCACGGACCUCGACGGUGGAUCCGCCCGGCAGAGCAAGUUUCUGCGGCUUCUGGGCGGCAAGAAGCAGGGCAUGAGCCUGUCAUCUGCCAGCGGCGGCGGUGGCGGCGGCGGCGGCAGCAGCAGCAAGAGCACGUCCGAGUCGACUAGGGCCGAGGCCGAAAUUCAGCGCCAGUUUGAGGAAGGCAUGAAGAUGAAGAAUGACGGCGGGGGCCACCGUCGCGGUCUUGGUCUGAGCGGUUGA